AUGACCUCGCCAACGAGCACUCCCUCUCGCUCGCGCUUCCCGUCCAUAUCCUCCACGACCGACUCCGAAGAUGGCAUGCUCGUGUCUUCUCCGUACGCGGAGCCAAACAAUCAGCGAUGGGACAGCAUCCCACGACUGGAUCAGCGUCCCCAGCUUCACAAACGGGGGUCGAGUCUCCCGAUGGUCGUUGACGAGAGCAUCCUGGAUGCCAUCGACGAGGAUGAGGAUAAGUUGAAGGACGUCAAUAUGCAGAUCAAGCAGACGUUGACGGACCUGCUGAACUGCGCGAGCGUCAGGAAUGACAACAAAUAUCGGUUGUGGGUUCAGACGCGGUUGAUGGAUGCGGAGAAGGAGUUGAAGGGGUCGAGGGCGAGGAGCUUUGACAGGAGACGCAGCGAAGACGUCGCUAUUAAUUCAAAUGCCCGUCUUCGUCAGCUUUCGUCCCCCGUUAAGGAUAGAUACAUAUCUAUAUCUAGCCCCGUGGGCGUCGAUUCCUGUGCUUUCACUAUGUCUACUGAGCAACUACCUCCGCAGCAGAAAGGGGCGUUUUUCUCGUUCAUCAGGGUCCGUACUACUCUGAGUUCUCUCUUGAAAAGCCAUCUCAAUGCCACUCAGCAACUGACAGUCCCACAGUCCCUCGCAUCUUUCAAAGGCGACCUCGCUACCCUCACAGCGCCUCCUUUCCUCCUCUCCUCCCAGUCCAUAAUCGAGUACUCCGCGUACUGGAACGAAAGUCCCUCCCUCCUGGUUGCGCCAGCCAGCGAACCAAAUCCCGAGAAGCGCGCAUUGCUGGUGUUGAAAUGGUUCAUCAGUACAUUGAAGGAACAGCACAGCAGUAAGGAUGAACAUGGCAGGAGGAAGAGAAUGAAGCCCCUGAACCCGUUUCUUGGAGAGCUGUUUAUGGGAAAGUGGGUUGAUGGGGCGGGCACAACGAAUUUAGUUGCUGAACAGGUUAGUCACCAUCCUCCGAUUACUGCGUAUAAUAUUUGGAACGAUGAGCAUGGAGUCAGGCUGGCAGGCCAUGUCGCUCCCAAAGCCUCAUUCUCCACAACAGUCAACAUAGACCGACAAGGGUACUCGAUCCUGCACCUCGACAAAUUCAAUGAAGACUACUUCAUAACGAUGCCCAAGAUCCACAUUGAAGGCAUAAUGACCGGUUCUCUGGCACCAGAACUCAGUGGUACAACAUAUAUACGCAGCUCGUCGGGCUAUACCGCAGAAAUCCACUAUUCGAGUAAGGGCUGGCUGAGCGGGAAGCGUAACACUUUUCUUGCUACUUUAUGUCACGACGAUCAUGAGACGGAACCACUGUAUAUGUUGGAAGGGCAGUGGAGUGGGGAAUUUACGAUAAAGAAUAUGGCCACGGGAAAAUUUGUCGGGAAAAUCGAUACCAGUGCCAUUCCCAGGACGCGCUUGACAGUCGCCCCGAUCGAGAAACAACACCCCCUUGAAUCGCGGCGCGCAUGGCAACACGUCGUAGACGGCAUCGAGAAAGGCGAUAUACUGGCCAUCGGGCAGGAGAAAUCGAAAAUCGAAAACGAGCAAAGAGAACUGCGCAAACGUGAGAAAGCUAAGGGAGUAGAGUUCCCAAGAAGGUAUUUCUCGAAAGUGAAGCAUGAUCUCGUGGCGGAAAAGUUGAUUAAGGGGUUGAAGGGGAGGGGUGUAAGGGGCGAUAUGGAUAUGGCGCACGGGGUGUGGAUGUGGGAUGAGGAGAAGUAUCGGAGUGUACAGGAGGGUAGAAGUGAUGGGGUGAGAGGUCCGAGGAGGACAAGGUUUGAUUCUGGGGUUGGGGGAAUGCUUUUGGAUAUUGCUAAAUAG